CUUAAUAAAAGCCCAAAUCUCAUUUUUAUUUGAUUAAUAGUACUUUUUUCCCCCUCAGAGCAGGCUACUAAUUUUUUUUUUCAACAAAUUCGAUCUCAAUCAAUCGAAGUGGAAAUUUUCGUAAAGGAUAGUUAUGAGGAAAUGGAGAAGAUGGUAACUAAGUGAUCACAUAGCGGAGUGGAUAUCGCGUUAGACUCCGAAUCUAAAGAUAAUGGAUGAUCAAGAUUUAGGAUUCUUUGCUAACUUUCUUGGCAUCUUUAUUUUCGUAUUUGUUAUUGCUUAUCAUUGUGUAGUGGCUGAUCCCAAGUACUUUGGCAACUAACUGAUUUAGAUGAUCCCAUAAUCCGAAAUUGGUUGAAAACAAGUCUAAGAGCUUGCAUAAUCUUCUAACAAUGAAUAAACAAAGUUCGAAGAAGCAUAAAACAUAAAAAGAGGCACAUGCAAAGACACCCAAGAAGAGGGGUAGAAAGCUUGCAAUGGCCAUAUCCAGACCUCCACUGCCAUCGGUACGUAUUUCGAUUUUAUUUUUUUUUUGUAAUUUUUU